AUGAAGAAACAAUCAUUUUACUGUAUGAAUUCUUCUUGGGGCAAAGAUGCUUUUAAAGUAGAAGAUGAGAGUCAAACUUUGAAUAUUGAUUCAAACCUAGAAGCUAAAUCCUCCAAGGAUUUGAAAAGUACUGAAGAAGGGAUCCAAGUUUUUCUCCGGAGUCUUAUGGAGGUUAGUAAAGAAAAACGCUAUAUUGGUGUCAGAAAACGGCCAUGGGGCAAGUACGCAGCUGAGAUAAGGGAUUCCACAAGGAAUGGAACAAGGGUUUGGCUGGGGACUUUUAACAGUGCACAAGAAGCUGCUAUGGCUUAUGAUCAAGCUGCAUUUGUGAUGCGCGGAGCUUCAGCUCCCCUAAACUUUCCUUUAGAAAAAAUAAAGGAAUCCCUUCAAAACAUGAAUUACACGUGCAAAGGUGGUUCGUCACCAGCUGAAGCCAUAAAAGAGAUUCACAGGACUCGGAAAGUCAAAGGAAAAAAGAACCAAAUUGUGCUUGAGGACUUGGGAUCUGAUCUAUUAGAUGAACUAUUAUCUCAGAGUUGA